CAUCCUGCCGUCCCACCGCACCACAUGGAGACUGGAUAGAGCCACACAGUAACGGGGAAUGACAAAGAAAGAAGGUGGACCAUCUUCCUCUGGCUAUAUGAACCGGCACAGCAUCAGCAGCUCCUGACAAAGCAGAGGCAAACACAGAGAUGAGGGUGACGGGAAAUACUGCUAGUGCUGGUUGCGGUCUGCGUCAAACCUCUCGCCCCUUCAGAAGAUAAUGCCCCCCGGUGCCUUUUAAAGGACUUUUGGGGGUUGUUAUUUGCUCGUGAACACCCAUGCUGCAGGGGUCCAUGUCAGUAUAUCGGGGUACACAUCCAGUAGGGACAGUGAUGGUCACCCCGUCUCCGGCCACUCAGCCACUCACAUCUGCAUUGUAAGGAGGGACUCGUCCUGGGGGAGUGGGAUUUGUGAAGGAAUAUGCAGCGAUAAGAAGAACGGGUUUUAUAUCGCCGCAUCCCAAACCAGACAGAGCCACAGUUGGAUUACCGGGUGUUGUCGUUAACCAACAUGAACUCGCUGUUUUUUUCCGAGUCUCCGCCCGGUCAGGUCUGCAACGUCUCCACCGGGUCGGCCCUGCGUAAUGACCUGGGCUCCAACAUCCAUGUGCUGAAAACCCUCAACCUGCGAUUCCGCUGCUUCCUUGCCAAAGUCCAUGAACUGGAGAGGAGAAACAAACUGCUGGAGAGCCAGCUGCAGCAAGCUCUGCAGAGACCUCACUACCGGCACCUUUACUCCCGUGAAGUGGCCGUGCAGACGGACGGUCCCGAGUCGCGGCUGCCGGGCACCAUCUGGAGUUUCACCCACGUCCGGAGACAAGGGGAGCGCUUUGAGACCUUGCGCGGGCCCGGGGUGACGUGGACGCACCCGGACGGAGUUGGGGUCCAAAUAGACACCAUUACCCCAGAAUUGAGGGCUCUGUAUAACGUACUGGCCAAAGUCAAGCGGGAGAGGGACGAGUACAGGAAAAAAUGGGAGGAGGAGCUGUCAAAACGAGAGCAGCUGGAGUCCACGGUGGAAUCCAUGCAGCAGAGCGCCCAGGAGUCAACUGAGGUCCGCGAUGAGCUGAGCGAGAAGGUGGACAGACUGAAGGCUGAACUUGUGGUCUUCAAGAGCCUGAUGACUGAUCAAAUGUCUGACCUGGACUCCAAGAUUCAGGAGAAAGCCAGGCGGGUGGACAUGGACAUCUGCAGGCGGAUUGACAUCACAGCUAAACUGUGCGACGUGGCUCAGCAACGCAACUCAGAGGACAUGUCAAAGAUGUUCAACGUCAGUCCAGCCAGGUCGCUCCCGGAGAGGGGAGCCGCGGCUGGCUGCAGGAGAAAAGAGCGCAAAGUGGUGUCUGAUGAGGACAGUUCAGAGAUGGAUGCCGAGCCCAGCCCUUCAGAGGAGGAGGUCCCCGGCUCGCUCAACAUCACGGACGAAAUGAAACGCAUGCUCAACCAGCUACAUUGUUCAGAUAACUCCUUUGUUGCCAGGCGCGAAACGUUUGAAAUUGACGACGACUGCGACAGUCUGACGUGGGAGGAAAACGAGGAGACUCUGUUGCUGUGGGAGGACUUCACGAACUACAACGUGCCGUGCACCACCGCUGCAGCCGCCUGCACAAAUGCCUGCCCCUCUGAUGGCAACGGUGAAGCCGCUGAACCAGACUCCCAGGAUGGAAGUCUUGGCAGCCUCAUUGACGAAACAGAGUCACUAUUUAAGACCAGAGAGCAGGAGUACCAGGAGACCAUCGGCCAGAUCGAGAUGGAAUUGGCCACCGCAAAGAGCGACAUGAAUCGACACUUGCACGAGUACAUGGAGAUGUGCAGCAUGAAGAGAGGCCUGGACGUGCAGAUGGAGACCUGUCGACGGAUGAUUAAAGGUGGCAGGAACUCUCCCUCUAUCAGCUCUGUGGCCAGCAGCGACUCAGGGAACACAGACGAGAUCCAGGACGAGAUUUCGGACAAGGACGCAGAGGCUGAAGUCCCCGUUAGUUGAUGGCUGCAUAGGCGGGCUUUGUCCCACCUCCCCCCUGAAUGCCCCUCGUUGUCACAGGGGUCAAACGUGUAUAGAGCUCCACCCUGCUAGAGAGGUGGAGCAACCUAAAUCUGGGCCUGUCUGACCUAUUAAAAGUUCUGAUGGUCGUGCUCACAGAUGCAGGCCCAGAACUGGUGCUUUUAUACUAUUUCUGUUGUUUAGAAAGUGGUGGUCUUUGCUUCACAAAGAGAAAGGGUGCAAAUAGAGUCUGAGCUGUGCUCUCUUCCUCACUGCUGGAUCCUUUUCCAGAGCUUCGCAUCAUUUUAGGGGAGCAAGAAAACAAUUCUCAAAUGUUUUAAACUGGCUGAGAAGUAUUUUGUACAGAUUGUUAAGCUCUUAAUGUCCUUUUUUUCUAAAAGGAAUUGAAAAUAGUACAUAUUGUGCUCCUCCACGUAACAAUCACAAAACAAAUACACAUACAUCUUUACAUAUCCUUUUUAAUAUUUAGUUUAGAUUAGAAAAAUGUCUGUGCCCCAUAAUUGGAACACUAUUUUGUUUUUGACAUGACUUACAAGGGUCCAGGUAAACUGUUGGGGGUUUAAGUGUCUUCUGCCAAGGAGACAAAACAAGGAGUUGAGACUGAUGGUGUUGGAGUUCUGGUGGUUUCUGAGGAAACUCUGCCGGGUUGCCAAAGUUGACGGAGGAAAGGAGCACAGCCUUUUGAUGCAUCAGGGCACUACUGACGUUCUAUGCAAUUUAGCUGGCCUUAUUUUUGGACUGGCUUUCACCCUUCCUCGUUUCUCUUAAAACCAAUACAAUUAGCCUUUUAAGCAAAGCAGGUGUUUUCUAUGUAUCAUUUUGAGAAACUCUUCCUUUUUGUGUGUGUUUGAGUGUGACAUAAUCUUAGUAUAGGACAUUUGUUUUCUUGGACAUCAAAACUGGAACAGUGCCCCCUCAACAAGGGACUAAUUCAUUCACGACUAUAAUUGUCAGAUUAUAAUUGUGAAUGAAGUCAUGAAUUUGCCAGAUGCUACUGAAACAGGUAGUGCAUUGUUCUGAUUCUGAUGUGCUUUAUUGAGGACACAUUGCUCCCGUACAUUUUGUGCACAUCAAGACAUAUCAUUUUAAAUGGCUAAAAUCCCAUUGUUUUUAUAACAGUUGAAGUUAUUUAAAGCCAAACAAUGCCCUCCAGCGUCUAAAGUAAAACCAAAGGACACAUUUUGAAAAGCUUCCCGUUCACAUAACUUUCAUAAAUGACGAUCUUACAUCUUUUUAUUUUAUUUUGGAGAACUUAUUUCUUUGUUUAUGUGUGGUUUCGUUAUGAGACUAUUUGUCCUGCUGGGGACACUGUUCCAGAUGGGUUGCACAUCCUGCUUUGUCUCUACUGAAUCGGGGCUAAAAGUGUCAGACUGUACAUAGAGGGCUGUAGGCAUGUGAUCGUAUACCCCAGAGGCCUUUUUGUUCAUAUUAGUCUUUUUGCAAAUGAUUGAGAUGUUUCACAGUUUCACGUCUUAGCGUAGGAACUGAUCGACGCAUGGGGACAGAAGUGAUCUUUUUAUCACCUCUUUGUAUUAUAAUAUAUGUACGGUUUGCUGGAUCAAAGAUUAAGUGCUACUUCUAUCUUGAAGUUUUACAAAAGCAGAAUGUUAAAAUACAGGCCUUUUGUUAUUUCAGCAUGUUUGUGUGGAAGAAAUGAGCUUUGGGUCUUUUUUUUUUAAAUACCAUUAUUUUUUGAACUAAAUAGCUGCAAUGCACACUGUGCGCUACAUUUUUAAUCAAAACAGCAUCUAUCCUAAUCAAUAAUUAAUUGUAUUUGUGGCAGAACAUUUAUUUUUCACUGUUUUGUAAUCAUUCUCUGUUAACCAAAAACUGUGUUACUGUCGCCAUAUUCUGCUAUAUUAAUUCUGCAGGACUAUUUAACUUGUUCCAGAUGUUUUGGUCACUUAUUGACCGUAUCGGAUCACCCAUAAUAAAAAUGAAUUAAUUAAUAUAAGACAUAAGUGAGGUACAGUCAUACUCAGAGUGAACCUUCACAUCCUUGUUUGAGUUGAUAUAAAACCAGCCUGAUAAGUAACAAAGAGCCAUUGUUUUACUGGUACUGUACUUUGUAUUGACGACAUCAAACUCUUUAUUUAUUUAUUGUAUGGCUAUAACAUCCAGGAACAAAAAAGGUCACUUGAGAUUGUAGCCCACACCACUUUGCCCAUCACACUAACCAGCCAACCAAAGCAUAAGUGUACAGUACAGUAAUACGACAAAGAUGUAAAUCAAGCUAUGAAUCCUACUAACUCUGGAAAGUCUCAGUCUCACUGUUUGAUCAUGCCUACCACAGAUGUGUUAGACAUUUUCUUGAUUUUUCAAAAUCAGCAAUUCUUGCAGACUAUUGACACAUUACGUUCAGUACAUUCUCUCACGUUUCUUCUCUUAAAGCAGGUCAAAUUCCAAUGACACCCAGUCUCUAAAACUGUAGCAACCCUCCUUAAUGAAUGUAGCUGGAUUGGAGACAUCCUCUAAAGCCCUUAAAAGUAAAAGCUGAGCAAAAACAAAUGGAGCCGUUUAAAUCCAGGGAUAUAUGGUGUUCUGUUACUUAUUGUAGAUCUUGGUAUGUUUUGCUUUACUCAACGGGUUCUUAACGGGCAAAUUUACAGUGUGUGACCUAGGUGUAUGUAAAUGAGGUCCUGGUGGAUGUGAAUGUUUCAUACUAAAAAGGGUUUUAUACGAUUGGUUUUUAUCAGUGUAGCACUGGGAUUAUGGUUGUGUUAACUGUCGUGUCAACAUACAGUUGUACAUGUUCAUCGACAUAUGUGUUAAGUGUCAUUAUUGCUUAAUUUCAUAAACGUGACGGGGUACUAAAAAGGUGCAGCAAUACUUGUGGCCAUAUUUGGGUAAAAUCUACUGAACUGUCUUUCAUUUGCAUCACAGGUUGUUGAUUUAAUUUUAAGUGGUUGAUUUGUCUGCUUUAAUUUAAUUGCUUUUCUCUUUAAGAUUUGUGGAAUUAUUAUUUUGGUGAUACAAUAUAUUCAUGUAGGUCUGGGUCUGACUGUGUCACAAUUAUGAAUGUACUCAAUUGAUAUUGAGGGGAAAAUGAAAUAAAAUGGUGGAUUGGAUUAAAAACAA